CUCUCUUCGAAAUGCUCUCACGAUAGACUAGACUAGCUGCGAAGAAAGACUUGCCGCGCAAUUGGACUUGACGACCUCCUAAUCGACUCUUAUCGUCGGCGGCUGUAGCGAGCUGCCUCGUUGUAAAUGACGGGCUCCGCGGCGGGAAGUGGCUGGUCGACUUAUCUCGUAUGCCCCUUGUCCUGGGUGCUAUCUUCCACCUACUGGUCAACCCCUCUCGCUCCUGCGUGGUCGAUCCUCUCUCGCGGCCGCCUGGUCCAUCCUCUCGCCGCCGACUGAUCGACUCUUUCCCUGUCGACCACUUCCCAGACGAGCGCACUCCCUGCAAGCGAUCGUUCGUACAGUACCCUGGACGUGAGAUCUCACGCACCCUGGACGCCAUUUGCUCACCCUGAUCAUGACCGUGAUCUUCCCUACCCUGUACUUGAUCUCCCGGGCACCCUCGCGGCCUACCGACCAUGCAAGUCCCUGUCGUCUGUUCCGUUCGCUGCCGUGUGUUGCCGUUCGCUGCCGUGUGUUGCUGUUCGCUGCCGUUUGUCGCCGUUCGCUGCCGCUCGCGUUCCUGGACCAUGGCUAUCGCCGCGUAGCGUGCCCGCCACGUUCCUACACCAUGUCAGUCAGUAGCAUACGGUGUCGUGCUAGAAAGUAGAUGUCCGCGUACCAUGUCCUGUCACUCAUAUCGGCCGUAUCGCGGUCCCGCAAAUAGGCGAUUAGUUGUGUCAGGUCAGGCGUCGAACCAGCGUAGACGGACAUUACCUUUAGUCUGAUGUAGGAAGUAACAAUGCUGGUCAGGCGCCCUU